UACCGCCCUCGUCUGCUGUUGCCGAGCAACAAAGGAAGCCUCGGUGUGUCGCCAUCGUCUCCGUCUUGCUAUCCGAGUUUUACACCUUUUCUCUCUAAAGCAAUGGAGGUGACGAUGGACCCUUUGUUUCUGGCGUGGAGCUACUUCAGAAGAAGGAAACUGCAACAGUGUUCAGAUAUUUGUACAAAGAUAUUACAGGACAACCCCUACGACCAGGCUGCCUGGAGCCUGAAAACCUGUGCAAUUACAGAGAUGGUCUAUAUAGAUGAAGUUGAGGUUGACCAGGAGGGGAUUGCUGAGAUGAUGCUGGAUGAGAGCUCCAUUGCUCAGGUUGCACGACCUGGAACAUCACUGAGACUCCCUGGUACAAGUCAUGGUGGAGGUCCCACGCCAGCUGUCAGGCCUAUGACACAGUCGGGGCGUCCUAUCACAGGAUUUGUGAGACCCAGCACACAGUCGGGUCGCCCUGGAACUAUGGAGCAGGCCAUCAGAACCCCUCGCACCGCAAGCACUGCUCGUCCUGUCACUAGUGCUUCCGGCAGAUUCAUCCGUUUGGGAACAGCUUCAAUGUUAACCAAUCCAGAGGGACCUUUUAUAAACUUGUCAAGACUAAAUCUGGCCAAGUAUUCUCAAAAACCCAGUUUAUCCAGGACACUAUUUGAGUACAUCUUCCAUCAUGAAAAUGACGUGAAAAAUGCUCUCGAUUUGGCUGCUCAAGCUACUGAACAUGCACAGUUCAAAGACUGGUGGUGGAAAGUUCAACUGGGAAAAUGUUAUUACAGGCUUGGGCUUUAUAGAGAAGCAGAAAAACAAUUUCGCUCCGCUCUCAACCACCAAGAGGUGGUAGAUACGUAUCUGUACCUUGCAAAGGUUUAUCAGCGCCUGGAUCAGCCAGUAACAGCACUCAACCUAUUCAAGCAAGGCCUGGACCACUUCCCUGGUGAAGUAACCCUUCUAACAGGAAUUGCUCGCAUCCAUGAGGAGAUGAAUAACAUUUUAUCAGCCACAGAGUACUACAAAGAUGUCCUGAAACAAGACAACACUCAUGUGGAGGCUAUAGCGUGUAUAGGCAGCAAUCACUUCUACACUGAUCAGCCCGAGAUCGCCCUGCGGUUCUAUAGACGGCUGCUCCAGAUGGGAGUGUAUAAUUGCCAGCUGUACAACAACCUGGGUCUGUGCUGUUUCUACGCCCAGCAGUACGAUAUGACUCUGUCCUCAUUUGAGAGGGCUCUGGCCCUGGUGUCCAGUGAUGAGGAGCAGGCUGAUGUCUGGUACAACAUAGGACAUGUGGCUGUGGGGAUAGGGGACCUGACGCUGGCCUAUCAGUGUUUUAAGCUGACCUUGGCUUUUAAUAAUGACCAUGCUGAGGCCUAUAACAACCUGGCGGUGCUGGAGCUGCGCAAAGGUCACGUCGAACAGUCUAAAGCUUUCCUGCAAACUGCUGCAUCACUGGCACCUCACAUGUACGAACCACACUUCAAUCUCUGUAUUCUCUCUGAAAAGAUUGGAGACCUUCAGAGCAGCUACACUGCGGCCCAGAAGUCUGAAGAUGCCUUUCCAGAGCACGUCGACACUCAGCAGCUCCUCAGACAACUCCGGCAGCACUUUGCGGUGCUGUGAGGGUCAGACCACCACACUGGUAUUCAUCAGGGUUCCAAACACAGAGUUAAUAAAAUAGUGGGAGGCUGGGAGGGUUAGUAGUGAGAUAGAGGAAUCAACAAAAGGGUUUAUGUUUAUUUAUUGAAUGGUACAAUUACACUAAACUGCCAGCUUAUAAGGUAGGCAUGUUAUAUUCUAUUGGAUACAGUAAAGCGUAGUGAAUGUCCAGAUUAAAUUUUGCAUUCCAACAUUGAGUCUGGAUGUGACUGGUCGUUCUCUUUUGACCUCUUUAAUCCACAAGCUGUUGUAGACAUGCUGUGCUCAGAAUCACUGAUCACUGGUGGUUCUUUGCUUUUCGCACCUCACUGUAAAACUCUGGAACAGUAGGGUGUGAAAAGAUGACCGCAGUUUGGGAAUUGCUAGAGCUAAAGCGCCUGAUUACCGAAUUUAAGUUAGCACUAAGUAGUUUUUACGGCCCAUGUCAUGGUGAUUUUCAAAUGUAUAUGAAGGUGGAGGUGUUCCUGAUAAACUGGCAAUCUAGUGUACAGAUUUGUACAGAACUGCAUAUGUACAUUGUAAAGAUAAAGAUAUAGUAAAUUAAUUCACAUACAAUUUCUAGUUUGUUUCAUAAAUCAGAUGUAUUUUUCGUAUUUAAAAGUUUCUUGCUAUUUUGUAGUCUCAACAGUACAAUAAAAAACUAUUCAGAAGA